AUGUCACUAUCUCCAGAAGAAUCCCCAAACAUCAUCGACAAUUCAAAUUCAGUCUCGAAAGAGAAGCAAGCCGAAAACUCUCCUUAUCCUUCUGAGUCAGAUGCAUUUUCUGUAACUGACGGCAAUGAUUCGCCAGUUCCUAAAAUCCAACUCGUCUGGGAGGAUGUGAAGUUCCAGGUAAAAAUCAAGGAUAAGGAGCAAAUGAUCCUUAAAGGGGUAUCAGGCAGUGCCAAUCCUGGGGAAUUUCUAGCAAUCAUGGGUUUAUCAGGGGCAGGAAAAACCUCCCUUUUAAACAUUAUUGCUGGGCGAAUAAAAUCCUCAGAUAGCUCAAGAGUCACAGGAUCGAUAAAAGCUAACGGGGUCGACAUAAGCAAGAUGAAUUUCCAGAAGUACAGCGCUUAUAUCACCCAAGAAGAUGUUUUGUUACCUUUUCUUACAGUAAAAGAAUCAUUAAUGUUUUCAGCCAAAUUGAAGUGCUCAGGAACUUCUUACGAGAUUGCAAAUAAAGUCGACAAAAUCAUUGAUGAGCUGAGACUUGGAAAAGUCGCUCACAAUAGGAUUGGGAAUGCUGUUGUUAAAGGCAUAUCUGGUGGAGAAAGAAAAAGAGUAUGUAUUGCGACCGAGCUCGUUUCUGAGCCUCAGGUCAUUAUUCUGGAUGAACCGACUUCAGGUCUAGACAGUUUUACAGCUGAAGUUUUGGUCGAUUUGUUGCUAGAACAGGCUAAAAAAGGAAAAACUGUUGUUUCCACUAUUCAUCAGCCAAGUGCAUCCAUUUUCUUUAAGUUUCAGAAGCUUAUAUUGGUAAGUGAAGGAUUCAUCAUUUACCAAGGCUCAGCUAAAGCUUCCCGCAAAUAUUUUUCAAAAAUUGGCUAUAAAAGUCCUGCGAAUAUAAACCCGCCUGAUUUCUAUAUGAGAAUUCUUCAUAUCACAGACCGUCAUCAUAUGACGGAUGAAGAGCUUGAAACUUUAGAGCAUCUUAGAGAAGCCUAUAACAACGUAAAAGACCAUAAAGACCAAGUCUUAGAAUACGAUUCCACUCACUUGGACCUCGUCAAUGUCCAACAAACCCAAUCACUUAAAAAGCUUGGAACUUUAUGCAAAAGGAGCUUUAUUGAUGGCAUGAGAAAUCCUGGGAAAAGUCACAUGAUCAUCAUGUUUUACAUUGUUACAAGUGCGCUGAUUGAUUUAAUUUUCCAUGAUCUUGGCAAUGACUAUGACGCAGUCCAAAACAUUAACGGUGUUCUAACGUUUUGCUCAAUUAAUAGUGUCAUGAUUGCCAACUCAAGCUGCUCGCUGACGUUCCCAGGUGAAAAAGUAGUUUAUCUUACUCCCCCUCUCCGUGAGCGAACAAAGCCAUUAGAAAAAUCCCUAUUUUUUGACCAAAAACCCACCCUCCGUGAGUAAACAAACAUUUUUUUAAUACCAAAAUUUGUUAUGGAAAAAAUUUUAUAUAUAAGUGAUAAUUAGUAUAAUGAGCUAAUUCUGUUUAAUUUAAAACAAAUUGCGUUUUAAAACAUAAAUUUUACAAAUUAAAUAAAAUUGCUUUUCAAUUUUUGCGAAUUAGGAUUAUUUUAAUUUUCGAAAAAAAAAAAUUUUCUAUAAAAUUUCUAUAUAAUUUUUUUUUAAAAAAAAAUUACCCCCUGAGCGAACAAGAUUUUUUUGUUCGCUCACGGAGGGGGGGAUUUAAAGAAUACAGCCAAGGACUGUAUGGCGCUUUCAACUAUUUCCUUGCAAAGAUGUUCACAGAGUUGCCAGUUCAAAUUCUUGCAACUUUAAUAGCAUCGGUCAUGCUUUAUUUUCCUCUCGGUUUGCAAAUGGAGGCUGACAAGUUUUUCCUGUUUUGGCUCAUUAUCUUCUUAACAUUUCUCACAGGAAGUGGUCUAGGCUAUAUGAUUGGUGCAUUGUGUGAUAGCGAGAACACCGCUUCAGCUGCUUCUCCAAUGCUUACGGCACCACUUAUGGCAUUUGGCGGGUUAUAUUCAAAUGCGAGCGCUUUCAAAUGGGUCCGAUAUAUCUCACCGUUUAAGUGGAGUUUUGAAGGCUUAGCCGUCAACCAAUAUAAUGGCAUGGACUUUGACUGCGAUCCGGACGGCCCCGAGUGUGAUCCAUUGGAUGACUUAGGAUUUUAUAAUAAACUCGGGAUAUGCAUUUUAGCACAAAUAAUAUACAUUAUUGUUACAAGAAUUAUUGCUUAUAUCGAGCUCAAAUCUCUUGGAGCAAAGGCCAAAAAAUAG